UUCGACAAUUUGCCACCUCAUUUACUACGCGCUGGCGGCUUUCUUUUGGCGUCUCUAGUGUAUCACGCUGAAUAUCUACGAACCACGCUGAGUGAGCAGCAUCCAUUGUAUCGCAACGCGCUUUUCGGAAAUACCAGACUAGUUUCCCAGUUGCAACAGAAAGUGGUUUGCCGAACAGCACGUCCAUCAGAUCGAAUAAGGCCUACUGGUGUACCUCCGCACGUUCAUUUGAUGACAUCGAUGGAG